AUUGUCUACUUCCGGGUCACGUAGGUAGCUAUCUGACCGUUACUCUCAAUUUCUGGACGUUUUUGGACACUUUUAGGCAAACAUGUAGCCAUUUGACGAACAUAUACCUCAAGGGUGAACGGAUCCCACCGUGUGACACAGGAGACCAGACACAGUGAGAAUUGGAUACCGCGUGGAAGCGCUGCAGACAAUGGACUGGUUGGUGCCAUAGCUGGACCCGGACUCUUGUCCUGGUGUGUGUCUUGUGACAUCAUUGUGAUACGUUCACACAUGGCCAUGCUCCGCGUGUUGGGAGGCUGUGUCUCAGACAGAAGCUCACGAGCAGAGAGCAGGCGUGCUCAUGUACUUCCUUUUGAUCUGCCUUUACACAAAGCUUUGAAGAAUGGAUAUCUUCCUCUGCCUUUUGUUGAAAUGCUAGUGCACAUUGCCCAGGAGGGGGUAUGCACUGUGGACCUCUUCCGUCGCCCUGGAAACCCAACUGAUAUACGGCAUAUUAUCAAUAGAUUAUCUAAGGGAAAGCAGGUCAUCUACAUGAAUUACAGCUUUUAUACACUUGCUUCUGUGGUGAAACGGUUCCUGCUUCGGUUGCCGGGCGGGGUGUUGACAGCGGAGGGAGAGGAACGACUGUUACAGGUGCUCACAAUUGGACACAAGAAAGACCAGCUCCAAAUUGUACACAAUUUCAUUGAGACACUAAGCAAAGCUCACCAGCAGAUUCUGACAUUGUUGUUUGGAACCUGGUUCCGUAUUGUCAGCAACUCGGAGGUCAAUUCAAUGACGGUUGAGGCCCUGGCACGAAGCUGCGCCGGCUCCAUGUUUCAUACAUGUGCAGAGGACCCUGGGAAGGUGGAGCAGGCGAGCCGCAUCAUGCAACUCCUCAUAGAUAACUUCGGAUGUCCGGCAAUGUUUGGACGGGAUAAUAUUGAAUACUUCACAGAAAUAACCAGUACCGGUAUAUUAGUGCGAGAGAAGUUCUGCUACCAGUAUCAAUAUCCAUCGGAUGAAAUUCUACCUCGCCAGGAGUCAAUGAGAUGCUUCAAUAACUACCUUAAGAAGGAGGCUAAAAAGUUUGGCUUUGACCUUGAAAAACAUGAUGUUUCUGAUGACAUCAUCGAGAUGACAAGCACCGGAGGGGACUCCCAGCGUGAGCACGAGCACGCUCCCAGUGAAAGUCCAGAGUCCAGCUCUCCGUUCCCGUCACAUCAUCCAUUCCCAGACAUGGAGGAGUCCGCACUUGGAAACACCGUCAGCACUGUCUCUGCACCCGAGGUCUCGCUCAUGCCAUCACCAGAAGUUUCAAAGCGACCAAAGUCAGUAGAGGAUAAUUUGAAUGAAGUUAAAACAUUUUACCAUAGUCGAAGCUUGAGCCGUUUUAACUCUGUGAAGCGUAAACAGCUGGAAAGACUUCGGCAGCGGUCCGACUGGUUUCUUGGGCCGAACGGGAAGGAGGUGCAGGUGGGGUGUGGGGACAGGGAGCUCCUAUCAAAGAAGGACUCAGUGACCAAAGCAUCCUCAGAGGGCGCUGUGUUGGACGUUCUGUCAGACGUAGAUAGUGUGUUCACAGACAACUCCAGUCGGAGUGAGAGUCCUGCGUCAGAGCCUGUCAGGUGCCAUGCAGGGAAAGGCAGACGUGACUUUAUCCAUAGUGACACGCUAGCAGACCUAAAUGUGCCAGAACUACGUCUCGAUUUCCCAGAAUUAGGAGAUGAUGACAUGACCCAGACAGAGGUCAAGUGUUUCCUGAUGGAGCACAAGUUCGGAGAUGCUAAAAAGGAUUCCUAGCACUUGUGAUAGCACAUCAUUCGUUCACGUGAUGUCACCUUGCCCGGGCUGCACCAUCCAUUCAAUGUACAGGUCACUGAACGGUCAGUUCGGGGCGAGGGGCAUGAUCCUUUAUUUUUCUAUUAUUCUGUCACUAUGACAACUAGCAGCUGACAUUUCAUCCCAUCAGACAUCUCAGCAAUGACAGACAGGAAGUGAACAUCAGUGGUUACAAUGCAGUUGUCAGUUCGGGACAACUGCAGCUAGAAGCAUGGGGCUCCAUUGAAUGCUGUAACUAGGGUAGCACUAGAAUCUCAUGAUAGUCAAGUGUAUAUAAUAACUGUAUAUGUUGCUUCAGAUAGUAGAUAUAGAAGAUAUUUAAUGUUUUACAGCAAUACAAGUGCUCUUUCCAUUGCUCAAGGAAUCUGUAAAUUGACAAGAUAUUACUAGCAAUGACUACAGCUGGGAUUUAUGUAGUCUGGACACCAGGUGGUGUUAUACCAUGAGAGAUUUAACGUUUGUUCCAUACAGUAUCUCACAGAUAGAAAUGCAAACCACUCUAUGGAGCCUCAAGCUUGGUAACAUUGCUAACCAGACCAAUGGAUCUUGAAGUAUUUUUGUCACUGUAUCCAAUAUGCUUUUUUGAGUGGCUUCAUGUAACCUCGUUACAGUUAGGCCUUAAAAUAGUCAUGUGAUAGUCAUGUGAUCUUAGGAGCAUUUUCUUGAUGUCUGUCUUCUUUUACACACAUCAUUUUUGAUGUCCACAUUUUUAGUUUCUGAAAUUAUGUUCGAUUUUACCUGUUAGUUUCUCCAUCUCAUUAAUGUUUGAACCAUAUUUGAUGUGUCACUCACUUAGUACUGUAUGGCUUUUUAUGGAUUCCAAGUUUAGCUUCAAUGUUUUAUAUGAUUGUUUUAUCUUUUAUUGCCUUUCAUUGUUUUGCAAGCAAUUUGAAUGUGGGCUUCUUGUGGGAUUUGUGUUGUAAGUUUUUAAUGUAUGAUUUCUAUGAGAUCAGUCACUUUUAGAAUGAAGGAGACUCCAGAUCGAUGGGGAAGUAGGUGGAGGUGCAUGUGAGGUGUGUAGACAGGGGAUUAUGUGUGUCUGUAUUCACACGUCGUCUGCAGCCUGAGCUGGAUCAGAUACUGUUGUUUGCAUUGCAAUCUAACUCCUCCACAGUUGCCACAGAGAGUACUUACCUGUUCCUGGACCCCUGUGCAACAAGCAAUGGCUUGUAUCACAGGGCACUGAAGUACUUGCAUAUUCAUGGACCAUGUCUCUUCUGUCUUCAAAGGUGGAAUGGUGCAUGAAUAUGUGUGAAUUUCAACAAAACGUUUUGUGGUUGUACGUAGACAACAUACCUACGCAGAUGUAUUCUAGUCAAAGAAGUUCCAACAGACUUGAUUUGUAAUAAGACUAUGGUUGAUCACAUGAUUUGUUCAUAAAACAAUAGUUGAUCUGUAUUAGUAUAUAUUAUGUUAAGAUUACUGUCUUUAAUUGUUUAUACUUCCAAGCCUGUAUACAAACUUUCAUGAAAUAUAAGUUCAAGUGUAUAUGCAAUGAUUGGUGUGCAAACCAGCAAUGCCUUACAGCCAUCUUGGAUUUGAUUCAUUGUACUGGGAAUCUGGUGGCUCCUCUGUAUUACAGGACUCUUGUACAGGGAUUGGGAUAGAGAACUUUGACAAUGGGCCAUUUUCAAGAUUAUUAGCCAUUUUGAAUUGAGAAUGGGCCACUGCCCUUGUAUCAAUAGUAAACUUAGAAAUUUUAAUGGGCCAUUUUUUAUUCUAAUGUGGAAAUGGCCCAUGGCCCCUGCCUUUCCCAAUCACUGCUUGUAUUGGUACAGCCGGCAACGUAGUUGACACCUCUGUUGCUACAGACAGAAUUAAUACAGCUAAAACAACUUAAUGACACUAGCCAACAGUAAGGACAACUAGGCUCUAUUCCUAGAAGCAUCAGCAGCAUGACCAGAAUUUUAGCUGACAUAACUCUUUGAAUCCUCUAGGGAUCAGGCCAAACAUGAAUAACUCUCUGUAUCAAUACAUAAGCCGUAUCAGUUGUCAUCACCCUUACAACGAUGAGUUCAGCUGUAUCAAAGUAAACAAGUAAUUACUCUCUGUGAUGAUGUGGAAUGAUUUUCUUUCCUUUCCAUUUUUUAAAACUAAUGAUAUAACUCUUUUUGAAAAUAUUUUCCUGUUUUAACCUAAGUGACAGUAUUGAAAACGGUGAUGUUGAGAUGCUCUAGAUGUACAGGCUGGGUGAUGAGCCUGCAGCAUGCUCUCAAUUUCAUCUGUUUGGGAAAAACGAUUAAACAUUUGUCAAACUGUUUUGAUUCAAAGUAAUUUGAAAUGUGUUUAAUGUGUUGCUGAAUGAUUUGUCUGUUUGAUCCUUUUAAGGAUGUUUGUGUUUGAAAACUAACCAGUUCGGAGAUCACUGAUUGUACUCACAUUUUAUGUAAUUUUAUCGCCAUAGGGCCAGCUGUCUCAAAUUGAUAUAAGUUGAGAUCUUGUGAAUUCCACCGGGAGGGAGAGAGAAGCUCAGUAAUCCAUAUUUAAACUGUAUUUACCAGCAGGGAUUGGUUGAACUCUCAACCAUUAUAACCAGUCAUAAUGCUGGAAAGUUAUUUUGGAUGAAUAGAAUCCAAUGUUUGUUUCGAGAUUUCAACAAUCCAGUUUUGUUAUGUUAUGUUGAGGAAGUUUUUAUAUUUGCUUGUUUUCAAGUUUAUGACAGGUGAUUCCAAGACAUUCUAUUAUAUACUUUGAAGUUUUAAUCAAACGCAAGUAUCUUAUUUAUGAUUAAGUAAAUCGUGUAUAUUUUCAUUUGUAUCAAAACAAUAUUGUACAGCAGUUGAGAUGUAAACAAUCUAAUUCCUAAUCUAAUUGUAAAUUGACCUUGCCAUGUGGGAGAUGUCAUCUGUCAAUAUUUUGUUUCACAGUCAUGCAAGUUUGAAAUGUGGAAAUAUUUUUGUUUGCCAUUGUAUGGGAAACAAGCAUGCUUAUGAUGGAUUCAGAGAGCCAUGGAGAAUUUAGGAAGUUCAAGGACAAACAGGGGCGUUGUCAAGAUAUUAGAGAUACCUCAAGUCAAGUCAUGUUGUAGUGGCAAGAAAUGGUUGAAAUCAAAGCAAAAUAUUCAGUUGUGAUACAUUGCAGUAGAUUUGUAAGGUUAUUCUUGUCUUUCAUUAACCCUUGUGUUGUUUUACAUCAUCUCAGGACACAGUGAAAAAUGGAUGUGGAUUCUUCGUAUCAGCAUCCUUUGUGAACUGAAUGAAGAUCCUACUCCUUGAGAACAAACUAACGACCUGUACACAAAGGUCCAAUUCUGCACAAUGAUCUUAGCUCUAACAUGAUUUUAGUUCCUAUAAUUUAACAUGGGCUUACAUUAGUUGUAGUGCUGAGAUCGCCUUUCAGAAUGGGCACUGAUGGGUUUGUAUAUGUGAUAAUAUUAUCCAUUUUGCCCUCCAGAUUGGUUGACAUUGGUGUGAGGUAUGUCAUUAUCUUCAUUAUGCUGAACUCUUAUUUUUCGAACUCUUCAUGACUGUUUCGUUGAAGAUGCUGUAAGAGUAUAGGCUAUGUAGCACACAGUGGAUCGGGUGUUCUAUUGUGUCAGCUGGUUGAUUAGAUCAUGAGUUGAAUAUCUUCAAAGCCUCUGUAAGUCAUUCGUUAUCUUGAAAGAGAAGGUUAGAGGAACCUGUCAGAGUAGCAGUCUGUUCAGGGCAUUUUAGUCAAACUGUGUUCCUUCUGAGAACACAGUUGAAGGGAAACGGGACAAUUCACUGAUGAAAGGGUGAUGGGAAAAUAUCCAUGUAUACUGCUCAAAGAAGGUCAAGAAAACCUUCAUAUGACUGUAGUUACAUGUAGGAUUUCUGUGAUUAGUGUACAUUAACAGUCCUCUCCAUGGCUGUCAAAUCCAUUCAUUAAUUUAUUCUACUGUUGAACACCGAGCAGUAUAAUUACUGCUGACAGCAGAAAGUUGAAUGCUGGUAUGCUGAUGAGACCUUUGUUGAAGGGCUGGGUGAGUUGUAUAGCAUGUAGUAUUGGCCUCACCCUUGUACCUACUGGACACUUCGCGUCAAGAAUAUGUACUGCAUGAACUUACAUCUAUACCCUUCUAUAGGGAUGAUACAAAGUCUCCUUGGCUGUUAUAUAUGAACUUUUAUUGUGUUAUGAUUGAUGUUUCCAGUGAAGGAGGAUGGAAGUGAAGUGUUAAGCUACCAUGACACCCCUAGUCACUGACAUUUUGUCACCCCUGUGAGUUUGGUCAAGUCAAGUAUGCUCAUUUUCUACAGAUUCUAGGAAUUGAACAUUCCAGAGUUAAGCGAUGAAGGUGUGUACGGUAUCCAGCUGCCACUUGGCCAGUGCCUGAACAACGUGCACGUGUGAGACAUGGCAUCCGGGAUUGUACGGACGUUUGUUACCUGUCAGGACCUACGCAUUUGUUAGUAAUUGGUGAUCUAUCAGGUCAUUUGACCUGCCUGCACCUGUCUGAUCAUAUCACCCGUGCAAUGUUCAUUUAUCAGGACCUACGCAAUCAUUACCUGUUCGGUCUUGUGGUAUGCACAAUGGUUAAUUGACAGAUUUGAAACUAUAGUUAAAGUAUCAUUUCAAUGGUUGUCAGAUCAUGUGACCUGCAUCAUGGUUGUCAGGUCAUGUGACAUGCACAGUAGUUGACUGUCAGGACAAGCAGAAUGGUUAGCUGACAGGUCAUGUGACAUGCUUGUUGGUUAUCAGGUCGUGUGACAUGCGCAGUGGUUAGCUGUCAUGUCAUGUGACCUGCACAAUGGUUAGCUGUCAUGUCAUGUGACCUGCACAAUGGUUAGCCAUCAGGUGAUGUGACCUGCACAUUGGGUAGCUGUUUGGACCUGUGGUUACUUGUCACAGUCCUGCAUGGAGGUUUGCCGUCCGAUCAUGUGACCUGUACAAUAUGUUGCUGGGCGGCCAUGUUACCUGUGACUGUACAUAAAACUAUACAACAUCAUUGUCCUUCAUAUUUGAAUCAUACUUAUUGUAGUGUAUAGAAUUUUGAAAUGAAUUACUUUUGCAAUUUGAAGUGGACCUUUUGCAUAACACCACAUUAAACUUUGAAUACCUACUUGACUAUGGCAGCUCUACCAUCCAUCAAGCUGCCCACUCAAUUUUCUUACUUUGUACAUUUUCAUGCCCCAAUUUCCUUGUUGGCAUUGUCUUUGAUGGCCCCUUGUCUGUCCAUAACACCCAUCUUGUUGUUGCCUUGCAGCCCUCUUGUUUCUUAUGGCUGUUUGACUUUUAGGAGAACAAGAUCUGAAGUGUUUUGAGUGGCGUUGAAUGCUGUGUUUAUCUUUUGGCAGGCUGGAGGUUCCACUAUACUGUUUCCAUGGUGACAUUAAUUUGUGUCCAUCCAUGCAUACCAUAUAGAGACCUGUGUGUCUGGUGUGAAACAAAAUGUGACUUUCUUUUACCAUCUUACAGUGGUGGAUUUAUGAAAGACGUUUGAUGGAAUUAUUUAGUGAACUCAUGUUCUGAAAACAAUUUGACAUCCUAUAUUUUGAUUCGAUUUGGCUAGGAUCUGUGGCAUUUUUCUCACCUGUUUAUUAAUGUAUAAUCCCAUUGUCUUAUUGAUGUGAUUAUACACGUUCUAAUUGUUAUUCAUUCUCUUGUCUUAGCUUUUGAAACUUUUUUUUUUUGACAGAGCUAGUUAUGAGUUUUGGUUUUAAAUGGCGAUUACAAAAAAUUCUUUUUCUACAUAUUGCCAUGCGAAGUUAGAUUGACCAUAGAUGAGAAACAUGCCACAAAUGUGAGUCCUCUUAUAUCCAGGGAUUUAUCUAGGACUCUGAACCAAUAAUCCUUUGCCGGCAAUUUUGGAAAAAAACAUAAUUAUUAUUUUUUUUCAGAAUUGGGAUCUUUAAGUUUAUCUGUUUGUAGAGGUUAUUUAACAUUGUAGUUUGAGAUUGCAUUCAAGGCAGUAAUAUAGUAUUCAAUCUUCUUUAUUGUCCUUUUAUCAGCGACAUCAAAAUUAACUCUACACAGCCUUAAAAUUAGUUACUGGGAAAUUUAUUACAAAAAUUGGGCAAGUUUUAAAGACAGGUCUAGAUAAAUCCCUGAUAUCUCAGUCAUGUUCACUUUAAUAUUUUUGAACACUUAAGCUUUUGAAAUAUACCAUACUGUACUCAAGAAGUUAAGGAACACCCACUUUUUCAUAUCGCUACAUUUACACUGUUGUCAUGAAAAGAUCAGGUGUUCCUUAACUUCAUUUGAGUAGUAUACUUUCCUAUUCCUUCAUACCAUCACGAUGGAGUAGACCAACUACUUGACAUCCUCUUGUUUUUAAGUGGCACUUACACAAUAUUGUCAGUGAGUUAUGCAGCUAUUCAAUAUUACCGUUUACAUGUACAAUUGAAGGCCUAAAAUAGAAGUGGACAUCCUUCUCAACGUGGUGCGACAUCAUACUUUGUUUUAUAGAAGCAGGUUUUGUUUGCUCAAGUUUAAAUGCUGCACCACGCAUCACCCACCUGAUGAAACCAAACUGACUUUUGUUUUAGGCCUGGCUGUUCAUAACACUGUUCGUUUUUAUCAACAUUUCUUUGAAGGGAAAAGGUAUCCUCAUAAGAUAACCAGUGAAUUAAGUCUUUCCUUAACUUACAAGUUGUAGAUUUUAAUUUAUCUAAAAAUGGUUUGUAUAGUUUGUAAGAUUUGGAUUACAUCACUGUGUCUUGUUAUUGUUUGUUUGGCUGAAGAGAAGAUGUAAACAAGCCACUGCCUGUACAUAUUUCCCAGUGUUGUCUUUAAUAUGGAAUCUAAUUCUAGAAUGUUGAUGCAUUAAUUUACUUCUCAUGUUCAGUUACAACUUACUGUAUUGUAUAGUGUGCCCAGUAUUGGAUAUUGACACAGAUAAUGUGUUAUACAACGCUUUUGUUUCUUUUAGUGAGUUUUAUUUCUACACACUGUCAGUGUUUGUGCACAAUGCCUUGUGUGUUGGUUGUAUUAAUGUGUGUGCGUGUGCGCAAGUUUGUGUGUGUGAGACUGGCAAGUGUGUUACAUUUGAGGCUCAUGCUGAACUGUAGAUUAGCAGCCUUGGCUUCGGUCACAGCGCCAUCUAUGCCAGACCUACUCCUGGCUGCUGAUUGGCUGAGCAGUGUUCCUCUGACCAUGCCUCCUCCUCCUCCUCCUCCCUUCCCUCCCUCCUACUUUCUAUUUCACAGCUUCUUCUCUCCCAGGCUGGGUCUUUUCUAGAAUAAACUUAUACCAAAUA